AUGGCCUCUGCCCCAGACAACCGCCUCGAGCUGGUCGAGACGGGCCGAACAGUUCCUGUCCCUCUUGACUACGAGCCGAGUCGAAAUACACCAUCAGCAUCGGGCUCCAGGCAGUCGGCCGACGUAGAGAAGAGGGCGGCAGCAUGGCUUUGCGUUGCAGGAAGCUUUUUGUUCUUGAUGCCGUCUUUUGGCAUGAUGCAAUCUGUGGGCGUCAUUCAAGCCUACUUGCAGUUGAACGUGCUUAGAGACUACUCUGCUCGUGAUGUCGGCUGGAUCACCGGCAUGUAUACCUUUCUCUCCCUCUUCCUCGGCAUCCAGGUUGGGCCGUUAAUGGACCGCUAUGGUUCCCGCCGCCUUGCCCCUGUUGCUGUCGUCCUCACGAUACCGACAUUCUUCCUGCUAGGUGGAUGUACCGAGUACUGGCACUUUAUGCUCUGCCUUGGUCUCCUCGGUGGCCUUGGCUCCGCCGUCGCCUCGACAGUCGCCAUUGCCGUCGUGGGUAAGCUCUUUGUCCGAUAUCGCGGCCUCGCCAUGGGCCUAGCCCUCACUGGCUCAUCUGUGGGCGCCGUGAUCUUUCCCUUGAUGCUGCGUUCCGUGCUUCCAAGCUGGGGCUGGCAAUGGUCCAUGCGAGGCCUCGGGUUCGUCAUCACAGGCAUGAUGGUGCCCGGCGUUGGGUGCCUAUACCCCUUCCCUAGUCUUAUGGGUUCCAUGGAUGCCGGUGUGCUGGCCGCCAACACGGGUUCUACCGCCACUCCUGCGCAGCCCAAACGGAACGCUGCCCUCAACUUCACGGCCUUCAACUCUCCUCCGUUCUCCUUCGUCACAGGAGCCUUCUUCAUGCUCGAAUUCGUCAUCUUCGGCGUCACUGGUAUCCUUCCCACGCUCGUGACCUGGGCCGGCUUCCCUGCUGAAACGGGUUACAAUCUCAUCGCCAUUAUGAACGGCUUCUCGUUCGUGGGCCGUCUUCUCCCCGGCGCAGUCGGCGACCGCCUUGGCCACCUCAACGUACUCCUCGUCAUGAUCGUCUUCACCUUUGUCACUACAGGCGUGACGCUUCUACCAUUUGGGGCCCGCCAUAUCGAAGCCCUCUACGCCUUUUCCGCCUGCUGGGGCCUCGGAUCAGGAUCCUUCCUAUCACUUGUGCCAGUGUGCAUGGGCAAGACGUGUGAGCCUAAGGACUAUGGGCGCUUCUACGGCACGAUGAACUUUGUCGUGAGCUUCGCCGUGCUGAUCACCGUGCCUAUCGGAGGCCAGCUUCUCGAGUCGAUGGGCUCCUCGCCGCUGGCCGGGUUGUACAUGGCCAUCGUCACCCUUGGCGGUGCUGGUCUUUUUGCCGCUCGAGCUCUUCUCGUUGGUUCCUGGUUCGAUAUACGGGCGAAGAUUUGA